AUGAUACAAGAGAGGGUAGUGAGAUCCGAGUAUCACGUUUUGGUGCUUGGCCCUGGAGCUUCUUGGAGGAGAAUCAACCAAAGCUUAGCUCCGCAUCGUCCUUGCUCGCAAGGUAUCUCCAUAGAUGGUGUCUUGUAUUAUGGUGCCUGGACUGGUGAGAGUACAUUUGUCGUUGUGAGUUUCAACAUGAAGUCUGAGAAGUUCAAUUUGAUCAAAUUACCCCUUCAAGCUGGCAUCAAUCUAAUGAACUAUAGAGGAAAACUUGCUGUCUUCGACUACUCCCAUCUGGUAAGUGAACAGCGAAUGGACCUGUGGGUUUUAGAGGAUGAGAGUCAAUGGUCUGACAAGAAUACUUUUUAUUUGCCUAUUUCACACAUCAAUCUAGUCAUCCCAGGGGAGUUGUCUGUGCAGGGUACUAAUCGUGAGGGUACGGUUAGGGUCUUCUCUAAGACUGAUUACUGGUUAUUGCAUGCCAUUUACGAUCUAGAUAGAUGUAAGAUGACAGAAGGGGUUAUAUUACCUGAAUUGCGGGAGCGUCUCCCUUUUGAGACUGAGUCUUUGCAUACGACUUACUGGGAUGAUUUUGAGAGCAUUAUGUAUUUAGAAACCUGA